ACCGAGGCUUCCGGAGGGAGAGGCCGGCGCCUCUCCGCAGAAAGGAGAGACUCUUCAAGGCAUAGAAGCAGCCGGGCUCCUUCCGAUGAGGGGCUCCCUUCGACGUCUAGACAGGGUAACUCCUCUAGCGCCUCUUCUGGCUCCCACAGGAGCAGCAGACACGACGGCAGCCCCGCCAAGAAGAAGGGGAAGAAGGGGAGGAAAGAAGAGGAAGACGAGAGGAGCAAGAGCCUCGGUAGCAGCAGUAAAACGACCCUCUCCUCUAGGAGCAGGUCUAAAGACACGUUGCUACGCGGGAGAUGAGUUUACGUCUGACGUCAUCCCUGGUGAAGCCAACUCCUUCUAUCUGGACCAGUUCAACAUGGACCAGUUUGUUACUGUGGAUGAGGUGGAAGGUGAUGAGGCUGAGAACACCAACCCACCGCAGUCAUCCUCAUCUUCGUCACACAAGACACAAGAUAAGGCCUCGGAAAGGUCAAAACGUUCGUCCAAACGCAAGAGGGGUACCCCAGAUACCCCAUCUCCGAAAUCUAGCCUGGAGCACAAGGAGACACCCACGUCCUCCUCCUCUACCCCCCCUGCUCAGAAGACUCCACGAAAAGCCGCAGCAAAAAAGGCAGCAGCUAAACCUCAACCACCUGCCACCUCUGGACGCAAGACCAGGUCAUCAGCAGCUGUUGUUGUAGCAACCGAAGCCGCAGGAACCCAGGAAGCUGCCGACGAAAACACCAGCAUAGCCGAUACGGAGGCGGAGCCUGUUCCCUUGGAGACUCGGUCUCAGUCGGAAGAGGAAGUCGUAGUGGUCACUAAGCGAUGUGACACGGGGGAUGUAGUACCGACAUCCCACCACAAGAUGUCAGUGUUGGACACUGCAGUGACCGACAACAAGGAAAAGAAAAGUGCUGUGUCAGAAAGCGAUAUGGAGACGACCGCUGAAAAACCUCCAGAGCUAGAGGGGAGCGAGGAGACGACCCAGGCUGAAAAAGGUUCCUCGAUUCUGGGUACCGAGGCUCAGAAUGGAGCCUGUCCCCUGGAGCUUGGUCUGACCCAUCCUUCUGCCUCAGCCAAGGAGCGAAACCUUCAGAAGGCCCUGCAACUACAAGAGGUGGAGACGGUGUCGGGUCCCCAGGUGCCCCAAUCACUUAUUGAUAAAGUACCUGAUGAUGAUGGUGAUUUCCAGAUACUCGACGAAGCUGUGGACGAUGACACACCUAGAGACGGAGAAGAGGGCAGUCAAGACACUCAAGAACAGUCUGGAUCUCUAUCUCUGGGUUACCAGGCGCCUGCAGCCUCCGAAUCUACAGGUUCCCAGGUGCCUCAAGCUACACUAGAGGAACACGAAGAGAUCUCCAACGACGAAGAAGAAGAUUCUGCUUUCCAGAUCCUUGACUCGCUAGAAGACACUGAAGACAACAGGGCCGACUCCUCUCUCGCAGGCCAAGGAGGCCGAAGAGAUUCUCUACCCAGAGAGAUGGAGGGGUUCCAGAUACUAGAUUCAGUCGACGAUCAGACGGAAACGACCCAAGUUCUGGACAACCAUACGACUGACUCUAAAUGUCAGGGGGGUUCCAAGCCUCUAAAGGGGGGUAAGAAGACACCCCAAAAGAAGGGGAAAAAGCAGAUUAAGAAGGUAUCCAAAACUCAAGAGGUGACCAAGACCCCAACAGGAGAGUCCGAGGGGGGUACCCCGAAAAAGAGUAACCUUGUCACCUUGGAUGAGGUGAGCGAGGAGGAGGAGGAUUACCCUGAUGACGCCGCCGAAGAGGAAGAACUUAUUAAGAAACAAAAACUGGUGAAGGAGAAGCAGCGAGAGAAGGACAGAGGGAAGGAGAGAGAGAAAGGGCGGAGGAGGAGUAGAGAGAAGGAACGGACCAGGGAGGAGGAGAGGGUCGGAGUGGAUACUGAGGGCUUGGUGACUUUGGAUGAGAUCGGAGAGGAUGAAGGAGCGGAGGGGCCUUGCCUGGAGCCACACCCCUUCAGCCAGGAGGACGAAUCAGGAGACACUUUCAACCCAGAGACUCUGGUAACCCUGGAUGAGGCUGGAGGUGAUGGGGAGGAUGAUGAGGAGGAAGAGCAGAACAAGGGUCCUGAACCAGCGCAGAACCAGCAAGCUGACCACACAGCUGAUGCUACAGGGUCUCCUGGUGCAGAGGACGACGGCAGGGGCAUGGAGGAAAUCAGGAGAAUGGACUUUGUGACCAUGGAUGAAGUGGGAGAGGAGGAGGAGGAGGCUGUUACCACAAGGAGAGGAGCCAGGGGGAGGAAGAGGGCCCGACAGACCUCUGCCAGGAAAUCAGUGAAGGUGAAGAAGGUGAGCGUCAAAGACCAGGAAGAGGAGGAGCCUCGGGCAGAUACGACUCCUCCCACUGACACAGCUUCCGUUGACGCUCCCUCCUCAUUGCUCCAAGUCGCUGUGACCUCAGAGGUGGACGCCCAACCAGCUGCCUCGGUCCCAGACCUCCAUGAGAAAGAGAGGAAGGCUGACACCCCGGCAGACCAACCCAGCCUGGAGGCCUCCUCAGCAGGGCAGGAGAGGCAGACGGACCCCCCUGAGAACCAGAGUCUGGAGGGGAAACAGGAGACAACAGAUAUCUGUGUUGGAAAGGCUUGGACUGACUCCACAACACCACAAGAAGCCAGUGAACAGAGAAGAGAGGAGGAAGAGGAGCCUGAAUUAAAACGUUGUCGUUCUGAGUCUCCUCUGAUCACAGACUUCAACCUGCCUCCCUUCAGCCCUCACAACCCUAUAGGCCAGGACUUUGUGGUUCCUAAGACAGGGUUCUUCUGUAAGUUGUGUUCUCUGUUCUACGGGAACGAACACACAGCCAGGAAGACCCACUGCAGCAGUCUGCAACACUAUCAGAACCUGCAGAAAUAUUACCUGGAAGGAAGUACCGUCUCCAAAUGACCCCCUUGACCCUGGAUGUUUCCCAAAUGGCACCCUAUUCCCUACAUAGUGCACUACUUUAGACCAGAGCCCUAUUCCCUACAUAGUGCACUACUUUAGACCAGAGCCCUAUUCCCUACAUAGUGCACUACUUUUAGACCAGAGCCCCGUAGUGCUCUGGUGGCAGGGUGCCAUUUGACUCCCAACUCAAUCAAUCUAUAUUUUCUAAUUUGUGUGUCUGAAACAACUGUAAGUCUGGUCAUAAUACUACACUAUAUGGGGAGACAGAGGAUCUGAGUACAGGAGUGUUGAUCCAGGAUCAGCCCCCCGCCCAGUCCAUAUGGUUAUAGAUCAGCCCCCCCCCCAGUCCAUAUAGUAUAGAUAGAUAUGUAUUUUUUUAUAUUUUUUAUUUUAUUUCACCUUUAUUUAACCAGGUAGGCUAGUUGAGAACAAGUUCUCAUUUGCAACUGCGACC